AAAAUCUUGUCAGACAAACUUCAAUCCAAAGGUCUGAGAGGAGCACACUAUUAGAAAUUUUGGAUUUUUUUUUUUUUUUUUAACAAAUGACCGCUUGUUUGCUCACAUUCACAGGGACAAUGUCGAACAAAUCGGGGUGUAAGUUGUGUCGUUCUGUGUGGCACGCGACCUUGCUGCUGUCCACCUUGCUCAUCGGUUUGCUCUACUACACCCCUUCCUUUCGAUGUAUGACACAAGAACUUGAAGAACCCAUCAUGAACCCUGCACACCGUCCCGUCUUGGUGCUCAUCUGGCUCUGGCCCUUUAACCAGACCUUUGACCUUGACCUCUGCAGCUCCCACUUCAACAUUCACAGCUGUGUCUUAACAGCCGACCGGAAUUUCUUUGAUAAAGCCGAUGGUGUCCUGAUCCACCACCGGGACAUCGCUUGGGAUGCGUCGAAUCUCCCGCAGUUUCUUCGGCCGCCCCAUCAGAAGUGGAUCUGGAUGAAUUCCGAGUCGCCGUCGAACACGGCCCGGAUCCCCGGCCUCGACAACCUGUUUAACAUCUCGCUGAGUUACCGCAAAGACGCCGACAUCAGCGUGCCUUAUGGCUCUCUGGUUCCAGUUGACCACCAGUUUGAGGACAUUGUGGACUUUCUACCUUCUGAAAAGGACAAGCUAGUCUGCUGGAUCGUUAGCAACUACAAGCCAGAACACGGGAGGGUGCAGUACUACCAGCAGCUGCGCAAGUACGUCCAGAUUCAUGUCUACGGCGACUGGUUCGAGAAGCACGUUUCCGAAGAAGAGUACAAAGACAUCAUCUCGAGCUGCAAGUUCUACCUGUCCUUCGAGAACUCCGUGCACAAGGACUACAUCACAGAGAAACUGUUCAACGCCCUGGAUCUGGGGGCCGUCCCCAUCGUCUUCGGCCCGUCCAGGCAGAACUACGAGCGCUUCGUCCCCGGCGACGCCUUCAUCCACGUGGACGACUUCCCUUCCAUGAGGGCUCUGGCUAGGCAUCUCUUCUUUUUGCACCGAAACGAAGCCUUGUAUCUCAGGUACUUCAGGUGGAGGAGACGUUUCCGAGUAAAGAUGUCUUCCUUCCCGGUGGAAAACGCGUGCCAGUGUUGCGAGUACAUCCGACGGAACAGGCAGUAUCAGGUGCUUACAAAUCUGUAUCAGUGGUACUGGGAUACGAGCGAAGGACUUGACCUGCCACCGUCCUUCUACUAACCUGAACACAACUUUCAGUGCCAUGAGACUUUUUCUUUUCCCUAUUCGCUGCCUCGGUCAGACUGCUCAGGUAAUUCAUCAAUUUGAAUAUAAAUCUGGCAUGUGUAUGUUUAUGAAUUCAGGUCUUUUAUCACUGAUCCUGAAGGCUGGAAUGUUGGGACUUGAUACUUAUCUGUACUCACAUGUGAUUAUUUAUUUCUUACAACACAACACUCCAUGUUUCUGCAUCUGUCAGCUUAAAGACUGUGAACAUUUAAUCAAUAGCGACUGUUCUUGUUGAAGAAAAGGAGUUCAAUUCAGACAGAGAUUGUUUUCUAGCUUCUAUGAUCAUAAUAAGCUAAAAACAAAAGACCUGAAUGAAAAAUUCAAUAAAUAAAUGCAAUUAAUGCAAUGA